AUGUCUAAUUACACUUGUAACUCUUGCGGACUCCAGUUCCCUGGGAUUACUGAUCAAAGGUACCAUAUUAAGACUGACUGGCACAAUUACAACCUGAAGAGAAGAGUAGCGGAGCUUCCACCCAUCAACGAAGCAACGUUUACUGCUAAGGUCAAAUCAUUUGCCGAGCAGAAGGAAGAGCCUGAAAAAACUAAACAGGUCACCAAAAAGGAGCUUAGAAGAAGAGAGAAGGAGGCCCUUCUGGCUAAGAAAAAGGCACUUCUAGAGCAAGCUCGUGAGAGUAUUAUUCAAAAUAUUGAAAAUAUCAAGUCUGAGAAGACUAACGAAACUCCAGAGGAGCUGGAAGUUGAGGAGAAAACACAAGCUGAAGAAAAUGAAGAGACUCCCGAAUCAGAGCUGACGCCAGAUCAACUAGCCGAAAAACUCAUGCAGCAGAAAAUCGACAACUAGAGUAGACAUCCCGUUGAAUCACUGUCUUUUCUGCACGAAGGUACCACCUUUUGCAAACCUAGAUGCAGCACUGGAACACAUGUUUAAAUUCCACGGCUUUUACGUACCGGAACAGGAAUAUCUUGUAGACAACGAGGGCUUGGUAAAGUACUUGUCUUCAAAGAUUGGUCUCGGAAAUAUGUGUCUAUGCUGUAACUUCCAGGGCCGCUCUUUAGAAGCUGUUCGUGCACACAUGUUAGCUAAGGCGCAUUGCCGAAUUCCUUAUGAGACUGAAGACGAAAGACUUGAGAUUUCUGAGUUUUAUGAUUUUUCGAGCACUUAUGCCGGUCAAGAAGAAGGCAAUGGUAAGGACGACGAAUGGGAAGAUGUUGGUAGUGACGAAGAAGGUGAAGAGGCUGAAGAUGUCGACAACGAAGACGUCCCUAAAGAGUACUUGUACAGCGACGGCAUCGAGUUGCAUUUGCCCACAGGUGUGAAAGUAGGCCACAGAUCGCUCCAAAGAUACUAUAAGCAAAACCUGAAGCCUGAAUCCAUUCUCACCGAAGGUCAGGGAACGUUGAUAGCCGCUGAAACUAGACAUUUUGCGACUGUCGCCGACCCCAAGCAGGUUGCAAGUCAGAAAAGAGUUUGGCAAACGGAGAUCAAAGAUAAAAAGACGCAUGAUAAGAGAGCCGCCAAAUUCGUCAAUAAUCAACCUUAUUACAGGGACCAACUCCUGCAGUGA